AUGGAUUAUCACCCAGGAGAAUUCAUUUCCACCAUGUCAAAGCCAUCUACUCAACAAUUAUUGGUGAAAGAUGUGUUGGAUCCGCGGAUUCCACUUCUGAAAUCUCGGAAAGAUAUGCAAGAUGUUGUGCAUGUUGUAAAGCUAGCAUUAGCAUGCCUCUCCUCUGACCCAAAAUCCAGACCAUCAAUGCAGGAUGUGGCUAAUGAGCUUUCAGCUUCCAAGGCUUCAAUGAAUUUUUCUUUUUACGAUAAUUCGUCGUCCUUGAACGAGGAACAAAAGGCCUUGCUCCAUAUCGGGUGGACGGAAGGUCGCAACAUCUCAAAACAUUGUAACUGGACUGGUAUUGUGUGCAAUGAAGCUGCAAGUGUCAUAGAGAUUUCAACAAGGCGUUAUUUUGUUAUCCCUCCAUCUGAAUUGAGGAACUUCAAUUUUACUGCAUUCCCCAAUUUGAUCCGUCUAGAACUGAGUGGCAUGAGACUCAAGGGAAUUAUUCCUGCUGAAAUUAGCACUCUUACAAAGCUUAUGUACCUUGAUCUUUCCUGUAACUAUCUUGAAAGUGGGUUACCUACCUCAAUCUCAAAUCUCACUCAACUUAUAACACUUAAUGUUUCUAACAACUUUCUCACUGGUGUUAUUCCAUCUACUUUUGGGCACCUCAAGUAUUUGGUUGAACUCUCCCUAGACUCAAACCAACUUCAACAUCCCAUUCCUAAAGACUUAGGGAACUUGAAGCAUUUAGAGCAUUUGUCUCUUUCAAAUAACUCAUUCAAUUGUUCAAUCCCUCCCCCUAUGGGGCAAUUGGAUAAAUUGAAAUUUCUCUCCCUUGGUUCGAACCAUAUCGAAGGUCCCAUCCCCAUAGAACUAGAGCACUUGGUCAAUCUGGAAGUUUUAGACCUUUCUCACAACAGAAUUUCUGGUGUUAUACCAUCUUGGAUUGGACAACUCUCUAGACUUUCAAUACUAGAUCUUUCCAACAAUAGACUUGAGGGACCAUUUCCAUUUGGUAUUCUAAACCAUUGCAAUUAUGUGCAACUAAGUAAUAAUUCUAUAAGUGGAUCCCUUCCUUCUCAAAUUGGCAAUCUUUCUUAUCUUGACCUUAGUUACAAUAACCUCUCCGGAAACAUACCUGUGGGAAUCUAUUCUGUAUCCUACGUCAACAUCUCUUACAAUUCCUUUGAUUCGGAUCACCAACUUUGUGAUUUUCUGAAAGACUCAUUGAUUGGUAAUAAUCCCCCUUGCUAUUCUGCAACUCAUGAUCACUCAAGUCCUAUUCUUGCAGUAAUCAUAGUGUCCAUCAUAUAUGGCAUAUGCAUUUCAAUAGUAUUUGUAUGCCUAGAUUUCUGGUGUCCAUUCCAAAAAGAGUCCAAAGAUGAUAAUCAAAGGAACAAUGGAGAUUUCGUUUCAAUUUGGAACUAUGAUGGUAAAAUUGCAUUUAAAGACAUAAUUAAAGCCACAGAAGACUUUGAUAUAAGGUAUUGCAUUGGAACAGGUGCUUAUGGAAGUGUCUACAAAGCACAGCUUCCUAGUGGCAGAAAUGUUGCACUAAAGAAGCUUCGCAAUACAGAGUCUGAAAAUCCAUCAUUUUACAAGAGUUUUAGCAAUGAGGUCAAGGUCUUGACAGAAAUCCGCCACCGCAACAUCAUUAGGCUUUAUGGUUUCUGUUUGCACAACGGCUGUAUGUUUUUGGUGUAUGAGUAUAUGGAGAAGGGAAGCUUGUUCUAUAACCUAGCCAUUGAUGAAGAAGCUCAAGAGCUGAACUGGAGUAAGAGAGUAAACAUUAUCAAAGGGACUGCACUUGCUCUCACUCAUAUGCACCAUCAUUGCACUCCACCCAUUGUCCAUCGAGAUGUAACUAUUACCAAUGUUUUGUUGACUUCAAAUUUAGAGGCUUGUCUAUCAGAUUUUGGGACAGCUAAACUACUUUCUUCUGAUUCAUCUAAUCAAACUCUAUUAGCUGGCACUCCUAAACUACUUUCUUCUGAUUCAUCUAAUCAAACUCUAUUAGCUGGCACUCCUGGAUACAUUGCUCCAGAGAUGGCUUAUAACAUCAAUGUGACAACAAAAUGUGAUGUUUAUGGUUUUGGUGUGGUGACUUUGGAAACAAUAAUGGGGGAACACCCUAAGGAACUAAUUUCCAAUGUGUCAAAACCAUCUGCUCCAAAGAUGAUGCUCAAAGAUAUACUGGAUUCACGUAUUCGAUUGCCUUUUCUUCAAAAAGACAUGCAGGAUAUUGUACUUGUUGUAACAUUAGCACGACCUUCAAUGCAGGACAUAGCUAAUGAGCUUUUGUUUUCAAACUCGCCAUUGCUUUGGCAUUUUGAUGGCAUUUCAAUCCACCAACUUGUGAAUCAAGAAAUAUAUGCAAUAGGUAAAACUUAG